CUGCUGCUAGCCGUGGCGAACCUGAACGGCGUGGCCGGGCUGCUGCCCUACAACCUGUCCCUGGAGGUGGUGAUGGCGAUCGAGGCGGGGCUGGGCGACCUGCCCCUAUUCCCCUUCUCUUCCCCCAGCGCUUCGUGGAGCAACGACCCCGUCUCCUUCCUGCAGAGCCUCUGCCACACCGUGGUGGUGCAGGGGGUCUCCGCCAUCCUCGCCUUCCCGCAGAGCCGCGGGGAGAUGCUGGAGCUGGACUUCGUCUCGGCGGCGCUGCGCAUCCCCGUGGUCAGCAUCGUGCUGGGAGAGUUCCCCCGGCGGAGCCCG